GCGGUGGAGAGACCUGCUCUGUCUGUGGAUGGAUGGAUGAGCGCAGGAUGUCCGCUCCUGCACCUGAGACGCGCGGAAUAGAGUAAAAAAAAAAAAAAAAAAAAAAAGAAAAGAAAAGCUUCAAAACCUAAUCAUGAGAUUCUCCUGGGUGGUUAUUGCUUUCGGUUUUGUUCUGCUGCCACUAUCAGUUUGGUGCCAGCCGGUCAUCUCCCCCAGCGGGCCUCACGUUGUAGUUCCCAAGAGGGGAAGGCUGGAGCUGCGUUGCCACGACAAUGCCACGACGCCUGGCGCCCUGUCCGGGUUGAGGUGGCAGAGGGAGAGAGCUCGCAGGCUGGAGGGAGAGGUGGAGGAGGGUGGAGCGGCCUACGUCAAGGUGGCGGCGGCACAGGCCUACCACAUGGGUCGCUAUGUGUGCAUCAACAACAGCACGCUGGAACACACCUCCAUCUAUGUAUAUGUGAAAGACUCCCAGAAUGCCUUCCAGCGCACCAUGGUGAACGUCAUCCUGGUGCGCGCUGGGGAGAACUGCACCAUCCCCUGUCCUGUGACCGACCCCGAGGUCACCCUCCUGGCCUUGGAGACCUGCGAUGGACGACCUUUGCCCCCCGGUUUGAGUUACUGGGGCAACCUCCAGCGAGGCGUCACCAUCAGCAACGUGAGAAAGGAGUACGAGGGCUGUUUUGUGUGCGUGGGACAGCUUGCUGGGGUCAAAGUGACGUCGAGCCAAUACACUGUGGAUGUACGACUUGUGCCAGAGGUUCCUCCAGUAAUAACGCUGUCCCAGAAAGACACAGUCAUCCUGAGGAGAGGGGACAAGUUUGAGAUUACCUGCAGCUCCCCCAACGUCAACCCGGAUUUCAGUGUCAAGUGGGAUUUCCCUGCAACCGCGCACCCGGAUGAAUCCCACACUUCACACAUCCUGUCUGGCUCCCGUGGUUACCAGCGUGCCACCUCCCUGUUGAUCACAUCUGUCAGCAAAUCAGACUCGGGCACCUAUCGCUGCCGCACCCACAACGAGAGAGGCACCAGUACCACAGCGCUGCAGCUGGAUGUCCGAGAUCAGGGGUUCAUCACCAUGUUUGGAAGACCAGGUCCGGUCCAGGCCGACGUUAAAGAGGGGGAGAGCCUGAGCCUCAGAGUGGAGUUAAACGCCUAUCCGGCCCCCAGAUCCCUGUCCUGGUCCCACAACGGCAAACGGCUCCUCAACACCACAGAGCACGUCAUCACCAUCCACCACCGCAAAUACAGACUCAUCAGCGAGCUCCGACUGGUGAGGGUCGUCGGCUCGGAGGGCGGGAUUUAUAAGUUCUCGGCCAGCAACGAGGACACUUCCAUCGACCAUUCAUUCCACGUGUACGUCAACAGCAAGCCGGUUAUCAUCGCCCAGGAAGGCCCUGUUGAUGGACAGGUGCGGUGCAUCGCCGGCGGUUACCCAGUCCCUAAGAUAAGCUGGUACUUCUGUGAGCUGCCCCACACACGGUGCUCACACCUGCCCAACGCCACCCAAUGGGAGACCCCGGACGUCACCAUGGUGACAGAGUCCACCUUUGGUCCGGGCGAGGUGGUGAGCCGACUGAAUGUGAGCAAGGAGCAUGCGCACUAUCACACCCUAGAGUGCGUGGCGAGCACGGAGGGGGAGGAGGCCUACACUCUGUUCUCCAUCAGUGAGCGCAUCGUCCCCCAUAAACUCUUCACUCCUCUUCUAACCGGCAUGGUGGCCACCGGCAUCAUGCUCAGCCUCAUUCUGGUGGUGCUGCUCUAUAAAUACGUGCAGAAACCAAAGUUCCAGAUCCAGUGGAAGGUCAUUGAGAGUAUCCACGGCAACAACUACAUAUAUAUCGACCCCACCCAGCUGCCGUAUGACUCCAAGUGGGAGUUUCCUCGACAGAAGCUACGCUUCGGUAAAACUCUGGGCUCCGGUGCUUUUGGAAAGGUAGUGAGGGCCACAGCGUAUGGACUCUGCUCCGCAGAUACUCUUACAACUGUCGCUGUUAAGAUGCUGAAACCCAACGCUCACGCCACGGAGAAGGAGGCGCUGAUGUCAGAGCUGAAGGUGCUCAGUUACCUCGGCAACCACGUGAACAUCGUAAACCUGCUGGGGGCCUGCACUGUCGGAGGCCCAAUUUUGGUGAUCACAGAGUACUGUUGCUAUGGCGACCUCCUCAACUUCCUGCGCAGAAAAAGAGAGGUUUUCCUUAAUUCCCAAGUUGGUGAUGGUUACUAUCGCAACGUGUCGAAUCAAACGGGGCCUACAGCGAGCGGUGAGUUGACUGGUACAGGGUAUAUGCCCAUGCGACCCUCUGAGAAAGAAAGGACUUCCCAGUCAGUCGAUGUAGAGGAGCUGUCUCUGGACGCCGAAGAUCUCCUCAGCUUUUCUUACCAGGUGGCCAAGGGAAUGGAGUACAUUACUUCCAAGAACUGUGUCCACAGGGAUCUUGCAGCCAGAAACAUUCUGCUGACUCGCGGCAGGGUGGCGAAGAUCUGUGACUUUGGGUUAGCGCGAGACAUCACCACUGACGCCAACUAUGUGCUCCGGGGCAACGCUCGUCUGCCAGUCAAGUGGAUGUCUCCCGAGAGCAUUUUCGACUGUGUCUACACCUUCGAGAGUGACGUGUGGUCCUAUGGCAUCCUGCUCUGGGAAAUCUUCUCUCUGGGUAACAGCCCGUAUCCUGGGAUGCAGGUGGGCUCAGUAUUUUAUAGGAUGAUUCAAGACGGCCACAGGAUGAGCAGGCCCGAGAUUGCUCCCAUCGAGAUGUAUGACAUGAUGUUGUCUUGUUGGAACCAAGAUCCUUUGAAGAGGCCUUCCUUCAGGAAACUGGUGGAGAGGACUGAACUAAUGCUGUCAGAAAAAACCAGGAAUGUGUACCUGACACUGAGCAACGCCCCGGGUCAUCCAGAGCAGCAGAGGGCGCCAUCACGGAGGCUGAGCUCAGUCUGCAGCACUACAGCCCCCACCCAGCCUUUACUUCAAAACACGGCUGAUGUCUUCCUGGACUAUGUCUGACAAACAAACACACACGCACACACACAGUUCUGCAACACACAACCCCCCCCCACCUCCCUGAUCAUCCUCUCCUUUACUGCACAAACAACAAGAGCCAAAUACACUCUUUAAACUACUGACAACAAUCAAACUAACUCUCAAACGCUGGCCUUCCUGCACCACACACACACACACACACACACACACACACACACACACACACACACACACACAGAAACUGUAUAUAUGACACUGCUCUGGGCUCUCAGCACUGGCCUCUAUGUAAUCUCCCCAUUGGCUUAUUGAUCUCUGUGGUAGGUAUUUCAGGUGCACGUCUAUAUAAAGCAGACUCCAGCACUAACCGCCCAUCAGAUACAACGUCUCCCAUCAGCAGCGGGAGGAGUUUCGGCUUACAUCAGCCUUAGAUUGCAUCUUAAGACGCUUUGGGGAAAACAGAGAGCUUUGACUGAGGAAUAGAUAAGCACAGUUUGUGCUGUGAUGAGUGGACUGCUUUUUGUUUUGUGUUGGAACUGUCUCCCUUUUUAUAAAUAUGUUUGGCAUUUUAGGGUAUUUAAAUAAAAUGCUGACUUGCAGAGAGUUAGAUGAGAGGAUUGAUACCACCUUAAGAUAUCUGUGCGUCAUGUAUGGAGGCAAAGCAUAAAGAAUGGAAACGGGGGGGAAACAGCUAACUCUGUCCUUUAGUAUUCAUACACAAUUUGUUUCGAAUUUUAUCUUCGCUCCAAUUUUACUGUAUUAACGUUUUACUGCUUUACCGUGAAAUAUUUAUUCUGUGCUGUAUUUUGUUUAGUUUGAAAGGUGCUGUAUAAAUAAAGCUUGAUUGAUGGAUUGAUUGAACGGGGAUAAAUCCCGUCUGCCAGCAGCUCUUAAUUACACAAAUCAAUACAUAAUGUCUCGUUAGUUUAAUCCGUACAAAGAAAAGAGACAAUUUGUGGUUUUAAUGUGGAGUUGUGUGUGGGACUAUUUCUUGGCUGGGUGCAGUGAUUCCCAGGUGUGUAUGAUGGUUGCCUGGCAAUCUUAUUUAAACUGAACUAUUUUUUUUUUUUCCAUCUCUUGAAAGUAACUAUUUGUACAUGUACAAGAAGAAGACUUAAGCUUGUCAUGCUGUUUCCCCCUGUUUCUAGUCUUUAUGCUUACCUAAGCUAACUGGCUGCUGGCUCCAGCUUCAUGUUGAAUGGACAGUCAUGCUUCUCAUCUGAAACUCAGCGAGGAAGCAAAUAAGUGUUUUUUCCAAAACGUCAAAAUAUUAAAAUAAUAUCUUCAAUAAUCACUAAUAUAUACUGAGUUGUUUGCAGCAAGAUAACCUCAACACUUUCUUUAACAGGGCUUGAUCAGAGACCUGAAGUUUAUUUUACAUUAUAACAAAUGAGCCAUAGCAAGGUGGCAUGUGAGCGAUAACUCCAAAUAAAACAUAAUGCUGUAAGUUACAGAAACACUGACUCACACCUGUGCGUUGUAGCUUUAAAUACUGUGACCCAUAACAGAUGUAUUGAUGUACUGCUGUAUGUCAUUUAGAGUUAGCUUUAGUUUAGUCUGUGGCCCGGCGUUAAGAACUGAUUGUGUGAUCUUUUUACUUAAUUUAUGUCAAACAUGUAUGCAAUGUAAAUACAAUAGAGAUGUGCCUUUAGAUUUUCUUUUUUUUUUAAAUACUGAAUGCAUUGGAUUGUGACAUAGUUGUUGUUGUUGUUGUUGUUGUUGAGAGCCAGAAGAGAGUUUCUGUGUGCUGGUUUUGAGAAUCAUACAGUUUUGAUACGGUUGGUUGACUUGUAAUAAUAAAGAAAGUACCUGUGACAGUAAAAA